AUGACUGCAGUUCGAUGUGUAUUACGUCUUCGAAGGGGUGGCUGCCUAUGGGGCGGCCUCCCAUGCAGCGCACAUGUUUGGAUUGCAUCAGGGACAACAGGUAAAAGUCCUUCCUUUCCAAGAGGUGACAUGAGUGUCCCAUGCACCCGAAAAGGAAAUUGUUUGGCAGCCCGCUUUUGCCUACUUGCCCUGCUUGCCAUUGCGAGACAAGUCUAUUGGGGAGGUGAACAACCAGGUACAUCAGUGGCUAUCCUCUUGGAUUACGUUGAAUGGGUGAUGAACUGCAAUCGAAGUAUGAUUGGGUUUCUCCCAUCUACAACAGUUCGAUUUUGGAUGGGGCUCUUUGGACAUCGCAGCCUGAAGAGGUCAUAUGUGUUUGGAUCCCUGCCAUGGUUGCACAUGAUCUCCGUGCAAUCCAAAGUGACGGAACAAGACCGGCAGAAGUUCAAGUGGAAUUCUAGCGGGGUGGUGAAGAAGACUAUCAAAAAAGUGAAGGGCAAAAAAGACCAUGUGAAUGUGUCAGGCGGUCCAAGAUUGACGCAAACUGGUGAGUAUCCCUAUGGCUUUUGCCGCAAACUGGCAGCCUACCACAAAAAGUGGUGUACGGAAUCUUGCCUAGCUAAUCAAAAACCCGAGAUCAAAUAA